AUGCAAUGUCUGAAUAUCACAAAGCAGAAAUUAAAGCAAACGGCAAAUUGGCUUAGUCAAAAUAAGCGUAUUGUGAUCAAUCUAGUAAAAUACGGCAUCGUCUCUGUUUUCAUGAUCGCCAUCUCCUUUUUCAUGCUCUGCAGACUAGAAGUGAAUGCCCAUGUCUAUCUCAGAAAUUGGCUAUCACCACCGCAACCUGUUGUCGUUGAGCCGCUAUCCAAAUGCUUCAGCAACUUGCCACAAGAUAGUCCCUAUUACCAAGGCAAUCAAAAGUUCAGCGCCAACUUCGUUCCUGGUCUCCCUGUAUGGGAAGCGCAUACUUGUUAUGAUUUUGCUGCUUUAUUUAAGCCUCAACGAUACCCUCAUAAUGGAGAUCAGCUAUUCCACACCUAUUGGUCCUCGAAUCUGACUCAAGAAUUCGAAGAAAAGCAAAUAGCCACCCUACGCUCGUUCUCUGCUACCCAAAAUACCAACCAUACCUUGAUCGUUUGGAUCCCUAAAGAAGAUGAAGACCGUUUGACAAAAUCAGAGAGCUGGAAUUACUUGACUCGAUCUCAACCAAAGAGAGAUCGAAUUGUAUACAAGGUCGUUCAACCAAAUAUCCUGGUCAAAGACACAGCUAUUGAACCUUUCAUGAACACUUGGCAAUCACUUGUGCAUGAUGGAAAUGAUGGAAAAGGAAGAGAUGAUUUGUUGAGAAUGCUUGUCCUCUAUCGUUAUGGCGGCUUGUGGUUUGAUAUGGAUACCAUGUUUGUCAGGGAUUUGGCACCGCUUUUUGAACAUGAAUGGAUUGCACAAGGAAGCUGCUCUACUGGUAUGUUUGGAAAUCCCUUUACUGGUGCUUUAUUUCACUUUCAUCAAGGCUCUCCCUAUGUUUGCGAAAUCUUGGAAGGUGCAGCUGAUUUGUUCAAGGCUCGGGUACAAGUGGAAAAGGGGCUCUCUGAACCACCCAAGCGAUACCUCGUUACAGGACCAGAAAUCUUUGGAUCAAAACUUUACUAUCGCAUUUACAGAAGAGUGUUACACCACGGUAUCAAGCCUUGGUCUAUUUUGCCAUGGUGUUUCACUGAUCCCUCUCAAUGUAGAAAAUCAAACUCACUUCCUAGUUUGUUCUCGAAUACCGAUUUUGAUGAGAAACGUGUGCGUCAAACAUUUGCCUACCAUUGGAGAGAUCGCUGGACAGCUACUCCUGGCACCAUCUUCAAAUUUUUAGAUUCUUUACACAGAAAGCGAACCAACUGGUAG